GCUCCGCUGACGUCAUCACUCCCGGUGCCUGCCAACAUGGAAGGUGGUGAAGGCGGCGUCGCUUUGGUUGGCCAUGGGGCUCUGGGCUGCCGGGCGGCUGCAGCAACAGUCCGGGAGCUUCUGCAGGACGAAUGUUAUAGUGAUUUUUUAAAUGAAGACUUUGAUGUAAAGACUUAUACUUCCCAAUCUAUUCAUCAAGCUGUAAUUGCUGAACAACUAGCAAAACUUGCCCAAGGAAUCAGUCAGUUGGAUAAAGAACUACACCUACAGGUUGUGGCAAGACAUGAAGAUUUACUGGCACAAGCAACUGGGAUUGAGUCUUUGGAAGGUGUUCUUCAGAUGAUGCAGACAAGAAUUGGGGCGUUACAGGGAGCUGUUGAUAGGAUGAAAGCAAAAAUUGUUGAGCCAUACAAUAAAAUAGUAGCCCGUACUGCACAACUAGCAAGACUUCAGGUUGCCUGUGAUUUGCUUCGGAGAAUAAUUCGCAUCUUACAUCUCAGUAAGAGACUCCAAGGACAACUGCAAGGGGGAAGUAGAGAGAUAACAAAAGCUGCCCAGAGUCUCAAUGAACUUGAUUAUCUUUCUCAAGGAGUAGAUCUUUCUGGAAUCGAGGUAAUAGAAAGUGAUCUAAUUUUUAUCGCAAGAGCUCGACUUGAAGUGGAAAAUCAAGCUAAACGCCUACUGGAACAGGGUGUAGAGACUCAGAAUCCAACCCAAGUUGGAACAGCUCUUCAGGUUUUCCAUAAUCUUGGAACUUUAAAGAAUACGGUAACCAGUGUCGUGGAAGGAUAUUGUGCUGCUUUGGAAGAAAGUAUCAACAGUGCAUUAGAUGUCAGAGUUUUGACUCAGCCUUCUCAGUCAGCUGUGAGAGGGGGACCUGGACGAUCUACUAUGCCAACCCCAGGAAACACUGCCGCCUUUCGUGCUUCCCUCUGGACCAAUAUGGAGAAGCUUGUGGAUCAUAUUUGUACUGUUUGUGGACAGGUACAACAUCUACAAAAAAUAUUAGCCAAGAAGAGAGAUCCUGUUUCUCACAUUUGUUUCAUUGAAGAAAUAGUUAAGGAUGGACAGUCUGAAAUUUUGUACACGUUUUGGAAUUCGGUGACUCUAGCACUUCAUUCUCAAUUUCAAAUGGCAACAGAUUCUUCUGUGUUUUUGAAACAGGCAUUUGAAGGAGAAUACCCUAAAUUACUGCGUCUUUUUAAUGAUUUAUGGAAGCGUCUUCAACAAUACAGCCAAAGUAUUCAAGGAACAUUUAAUGCAAGUGGAACUACAGACCUCUAUGUUGAUCUGCAACACAUGGAAGAUGAUACACAAGACACAUUCAUACCAAAAAAGCCAGAUUAUGAUCCAGAAAAGGCGUUAAAAGACUCACUACAGCCCUAUGAAGCUGCUUAUUUAUCAAAAUCCUUAUCUCGACUUUUUGAUCCUAUCAAUUUGGUUUUCCCCUCUGGUGGUCGUAAUCCUCCUUCUUCAGAUGACUUGGAUGGCAUUAUUAAAACUAUAGCAAGUGAACUAAAUGUAGCUGCCGUUGAUGUAGACCUCACAUUAGCUGUGUCAAAAAACGUGGCAAAGACCAUCCAAUUAUAUGGUGUGAAAUCAGAGCAGCUUCUUUCCACGCAAGGAGAUGCCAGUCAGGUGAUUGGGCCUCUUACUGAAGGGCAGAGAAGAAAUGUGGCGGUAGUGAAUUCGUUGUUUAAGUUGCACCAGUCAGUAACAAAGGUGAUUUCCAGUCAGAGCUCAUUCCCACCAGCCGCUGAGCAAACUAUAAUUUCAGCACUGAAGACGAUCCAUGUUCUUAUGGGAAAUGCUGUGCAACCCUUACUGACUUCAGUGGGAGAUGCUAUAGAGGCCAUAAUCAUCACCAUGCAUCAAGAAGAUUUUUCUGGGUCAUUACCCAGCUCAGGAAAGCCUGAUGUUCCUUGUUCUCUGUAUAUGAAGGAGCUUCAAGGUUUCAUUGCCAGAGUUAUGAGUGACUACUUUAAACACUUUGAAUGCUCAGACUUUGUCUUUGACAACACUGAAGCUAUUGCCCAGAGAGCAAUUGAACUUUUUAUCCGCAAUGCCAGUCUCAUAAGACCUCUUGGUGAAGGCGGGAAAAUGCGACUUGCUACUGAUUUUGCACAGAUGGAGUUGGCUGUGGGUCCAUUCUGCAGACGAGUAUCUGAUUUAGGGAAGUCCUAUCGAAUGCUGAGGUCAUUCAGACCGCUGCUCUUCCAGACGAGUGAACAUGUGGCCAGUAGUCCCGCGCUGGGGGACGUUAUUCCAUUCAGCAUCAUUAUUCAGUUUUUGUUCACGAGAGCGCCUGCUGAGCUGAAAUCCCCCUUCCAGAGGGCAGAAUGGUCCCACGCACGCUUCUCCCAGUGGCUGGACGACCAUCCAUCCGAAAAGGACAGGCUCCUCCUCAUCAGGGGAGCCCUGGAAGCUUACGUUCAAUCAGUAAGAAGUAGAGAAGGCAAAGAAUUUGCACCAGUUUAUCCCAUAAUGGUUCAACUGCUUCAAAAAGCUAUGUCUGCUCUCCAGUAAUAAUGUUAAGUAUUUCUCGAUCUCCAUUUUGUGCUAACCGUUCAGGGUUGGCAAUUAAACUAAGGAACACGUAUUCUUAAAAGACAGUUGCUAGUCAUUACCUUAAGAAUGUAAUCAAACUUUUUAUUUAUUGAUCUUUUGAUUUCUUUAGCCUUUCUACUCAAGUAGCAUAAAAAUGGGGACAAUCACCACCACCUUCAAACUCCAGGGACCUGAUUUUUCCAGAAAGACCUUCAACUCUUUUCUCUCCUUUUAAGCUUUUCUAGUACAAGGCUAGCUAAAACUUCUUUCCCAUCACAUAACCAAGUCCCCUUGUAGGUACACAUUACUAAGUCCCCACUGCUUUUUAAGGUAUCUGAUCAGGUUACAAUUAAGUACCUGCUUCCUCGAACAAACUUUCUUCCUCACUAGAUGUGUAGCCCAGUGGUUCUCAUAUUUGGCUACACAUUAACAUCAGUGAUGGAACCUUUAAAAAACCUGGUAUGUGUUUGUAUCCCAUAUUAAGACAUCUGGAGUAGGAGCCAGGUGUUU